AAAAAGAGGCCAAACUCCUUCCAACCAAAGGCACACCACACCACCAUUGAUUGAACUUCCCCUCUUAACACGCAAGUAGUACUACUUGUUUUAUCUCUCCUCGCCGUGAAGUUUUGCGAAGAAGAGAGAGAGAAACUUCGAUCUGAUAUUAAGUUCGGAGUUUUCUUUCGGAGAAACAAUCACCGAUUUGGUCUCUCUCUAAAUCAAAACGAUGUUUUGCGAUUGCUUCUACUGGAACAAAGGAAUAUCCGAGUUGGAAUCGGAAUCUUACGAGUCAAAGCCUUCCUUCUCACUUCCGUUGCCUCUUCCUCCAUGGCCUCAAGGCAGUGGUUUUGCUACCGGAAGGAUAAAUCUUGGAGAGAUCGAAGUGGUGAAAGUCACCGAGUUCGAUAGAGUCUGGAAAUGUGACACUUCACGUGGUAAAACAAGAUGCGCCUCUUUUUACAAACCUGUUGGGAUACCAGAUGGUUUCCAUUGCCUUGGUCAUUACUGCCAGCCAAGCAAUGAGCCAUUAAGAGGCUUUGUUCUUGCAGCUCGGGCUAACAACCCCCAUCAUAAUGCGGAUGAUCAUCUCCCUCCUUUGAAACAACCCUUGAAUUAUUCUUUAGUUUGGAGUUCAGAUUCAGACUGCUACUUCUGGUUGCCUAAUCCUCCAGCUGGUUACAGAGCCGUGGGAGUUAUAGUCACUGAAGGACCAGAUGAGCCUGAAGUUGAUGAAGUGAGAUGUGUAAGAGAGGAUCUUACCGAGAGUUGUGAAGCCAGUGAGAAGGUUCUUGGCGUGGGAUCUUUUAACGUUUGGAACACGAAACCUUGCGAGAGAGGGAUUUGGUCUCGUGGAGUGGCGGUUGGAUCAUUCUUUUGCUGCACUAGUAGUGACCGGUCUUCUGAUAAUAAAGCAGCCGCCAUGAACAUUGCGUGUUUGAAAAAUCUUGAUCCGAGCCUAAACGGGAUGCCAAAUCUUGACCAGGUCCAUGCACUUAUUCACCAUUAUGGACCGUUGGUUUACUUCCAUCCCGAGGAGACGUACUUGCCUUCGUCCGUGCCAUGGUUCUUUAAAAACGGAGCGUUACUGUAUUGUAAUGGGAUAUCGCAAGGCGAAAAGAUUAACUCAGAUGGCUCGAAUCUUCCCGCGGGUGGAGAAAACGAUGGGAGCUUCUGGAUUGAUCUCCCUGAAGACGAUGACGUUAGAAGUAAUCUAAAGAAGGGAAAUAUAGAAAGCUCUGAGCUUUACGUCCACGUGAAACCCGCGGUUGGUGGGAUCUUCACGGACAUUGUGAUGUGGAUCUUUUGUCCAUUUAACGGACCAGCCACGCUCAAAAUAGGGCUUCUCACCUUACCUAUGAACCGAGUUGGAGAGCAUGUUGGUGAUUGGGAACAUUUCACAUUCAGGAUAAGCAACUUCAAUGGAGAGCUUACACAAAUGUUCUUCUCACAGCAUAGCGGUGGAGGAUGGGUUGAUGUAUCUGAUCUUGAGUUUGUCAAAGGAAGCAACAAACCAGUAGUGUACUCGUCCAAACACGGGCACGCGAGUUUCCCUCACCCGGGAAUGUAUCUCCAAGGACCGUCGAAGCUCGGGAUUGGAGUGAGGAACGAUGUUGCGAAAAGCAAGUACGUUGUGGAUUCUAGUCAAAGGUAUAGAAUCGUGGCGGCAGAGUAUUUAGGGGAAGGUGUGGUUUCAGAGCCGUGUUGGCUUCAGUUUAUGAGAGAAUGGGGACCAACUAUAGUGUAUGAUUCUGCAGCUGAGAUUAAUAAGAUCAUUGAUCUUCUUCCUUUGAUUGUGAGGUAUUCUUUUGAGAGUCUGUUUCCUAUUGAGCUUUACGGCGAGGAAGGUCCUACGGGACCAAAGGAGAAGGAUAAUUGGGUUGGAGAUGAAAUGUGUUGAAAACAGAGCUCCUCUGUUUCAGUGUUUUGUGUAAUAGUGUGUAGAUAAUGAUGUAAAAUUGUAAAAGUAUUGUAUUGAAUGGCUGGAAAAAGUCAGCGGACCAAAUGAUACUUAUUCAAUUCAGAAUGUAAAAUCCAAUUUACAAUUUGGUUUCUUUAUGCACAUUACAAUGUGUAGGACA